ACGAACGAACACAGUACAAACUACUUAUCCUAAAAAAUAUAUUUUUUUUCUUGCUAAAAAAAUCAAUCAUUUUGAGCUAAGCAGAGAGUGAAUCCUCGCCGGAGAGAAAAUCGGAUUUUAGAUGGAGAGGAGGGCAGAGGACAAUGAAGAAACCGGCGAGCCUUCCGGUGAAGCCAUAAGAUCUCGGCUCAGCAACAGAGCAGACCCUUUCCUCGUUGUUUGCAGGUGUUUCAGCUUCGUUACCUCUCUCGUCGCUAUUCUCUGCGUUGUUGUUAAUGUUCUCGCCGCUAUUCGCUCCUUCCGGGAUAGCCACGAUAUAUUCGAUGGAAUAUUCCGGUGUUAUGCUGUGUUGAUUGCUUGUUUUGUGGUUCUAGCCGAGACAGAGUGGGGAUUCAUUUUGAAAUUUUCAAAGGUUCUUGAGUACUGGGCUGGGAGAGGCAUGCUUCAGAUUUUUGUGGCUGUGAUGACAAGAGCUUUCCCUGACUAUAUGACUCAAAGGAAGGAUCUCUUGCUUCUUCAGAACAUCGCAAGCUACAUGCUCCUCGCUUGUGGUCUUAUCUAUUUCAUUUCAGGGAUUUUAUGCAUUGGUUUUCUGAAACGUGCUAGACAGCAGAAAGAAAUCUCAAAAGAACAAGCUGUCAAGGAUCUUGAGGAGAUAGACAGACGCAGGGAAGAACUGGAGCAAUUGCUCGUGGAGCAUCGGAGUAGAGACGAUGUGUGAAUGUGAUCACAAGUACAGUAGCUUCAUUUGAACAGACGAGAUCAGUUUGUUUUUGUAUUAAAGGAUUGUGUAAGCUCUCUGUUUUCAUCUUUUCCACUUUGUUUGCAUAUUGACACGCUAAGCUUGUAAUACUUGUCGUAUAAGAGACGAGCACUGUUGAGAUUUGAGAAUGAUACUUCAAUCUUCUAUUUAUUCAA